AAAAUGUUAUUUUUUUAGUUUUUUAGGCCUUCAAAUCCUGAACUCAAUAUACCCGCAACUCACAAUGCAAAACGGAACGCAAAUACCAGAAUCCAGAAAAUGUGAACCAGCUAAAUACGAGUACAAAAAAACAUCUUAUGCGGAGUUAUUUGAAGUAUUACAAUCCUUACGCAAACACGAGGUUUUUUGUGACGUUAAACUUGAAACGGACGAUAAAAAAAUUAUAUUCGCACACAAGGUAGUUUUAGCAUCGGCUAGUCCAUAUUUCCAUGCAAUGUUCACAAAUUUUGCUGAAAAAAAUUAUGAUCUUGUUACUAUGAGACAGUUAAAUUCUACCUGUUUACAGCCGUUGGUAAACUUUAUUUAUUCAGGCGAAAUCGUGAUCACAGAAAAAAAUGUCCAGGAUUUGUUAUCAGCUGCAAAUCUGCUACAGUUACAAGAAGUAAAAGAUGCAUGUUGUGAUUUUUUAGAGACACAACUCUGCUCUACAAAUUGUAUCGGUAUAAACAAAAUAGCUGAUUUCCAUAGCUGUACGAAAUUGUUAACAAGUUCAGAGUUAUAUAUUCGACAACACUUUUCAGAAGUUGCUGAUGGUGACGAAUUCCUAUCCUUAUCAUCCAAAGAGGUGAUUAAGUUGAUCUCCAGUGAUGAACUUAUAGUUCCAUCUGAAGAAAAAGUAUUUGAAAGUGUUAUUCUAUGGGUAAAACAUGACAUAUUGGGUACGAGAAAAUGUAUUUUGCCCCAAUUAAUGGAAUAUGUACGUUUACCAUUAGCAUCAAAACAUUACAUAUUAAAAAAAGUAAUUGAGGAACCUCUUAUUAAGAAUUGUCUUGAGUGUAAAGACUACGUAAUUGAGGCAUUGCAUUUUCAUUUACUCAAGUUAGAUGAUAUUAUCCCGAAAAACAACCGGAAUAAACCUAGAAAAUAUGGAGAUCAAGUUAUUUUAGUUGUUGGUGGAAUUGACCCUGAUUCAUGUAAGAGUACAGAAUGGUACGACCCAAUAAUGGACCGAUGGCAUUUUGGACCAGAAUUGAUUACAAGCCGUUCCAGUGCUGGUCUAGCAACAGUGAAAGAUAAUUUAGUGUUUGCCCUGGGUGGUACUGUUAGUUAUUUUUCAUCUCUACGAUCCGUUGAUAUGCUAGAUUUAUCAUCAGAGUCACCGUGUUGGAAACCAACUGUUCAGAUGUUAAAUAAACGACGGUGGUUUGGAGUUGGUGUGAUAAAUGAUAAUUUAUAUGCUGUUGGCGGAUCUAAUAAUGGUGGUGAUAGUCAAGACAGUGCAGAAGUGUUCGACUACAAAACUCAAAAAUGGCGUAUGGUAUCUAGUAUGGCUACUAGAAGAUCUGGUUUAGGGGUCGGAGUACUGAAUGAUCUAUUAUAUGUGGUAGGUGGACAUAAUUAUUCAUCAAUGAGUGGCUUAGACACGGUUGAAUGUUAUCAUCCUAGUUUUGAUACGUGGAAACCGGUUGCAAAAAUGUGUGUAUGCCGCACAGAUGCUGGAGUAGGUGUAUUGGAUGGUGUACUGUAUGUUGUGGGUGGUAGAGGUGAAUCAAACAUUCACAGAAGUGUUGAAACAUACAGACCAAGCAUAGGAGUUUGGACUUCUAUUGGAGAUAUGCAUUUGCCUCGAAGAAAUGCAGGAGUAGUUGCAUUAAAUGGUUUAUUGUAUGUCGUCGGUGGCAACAACGGGACUUCUAGUUUGAAUUCUGUCGAAUGUUACAGCCCACACACUAAUACCUGGACUAUGGUGACAAUGCCAAUGAAUGAUGCACGGACUUAUCCAGGAGUGAUAGCCAUUAAUAGGCCUCAACUUUUUAAUACUUGUUAGAACUCAUGAUAUAUUUUUUUUUUUUGAUACAAUAUAAUAUAAAAUAUACAUGUUUUUUUCUAUUGUUUUAUAGUACCUUAAUUUAUUUUUCGUUAAUUUUACAGUUUUUUAAUGUUUAGUUAAAAGAUUUUUUUAUACAAUAAAUUGAUAGCCAUUGGAAGCAUAUAAGACAUAUCAUUUUUUUUUUUUGCAAAAAUAUUUUCCUAUUAUCUAUAAUAAUAUAUUAACUAUUGUAUUUCUGUUAAUUUCAAAGUAUUCUAAUGAUUUAUCAAAAAGUUUUUUGUAUUAUCUGUGUCAAUAUAACUAAAUUUUGUAACAAAAA